AUGGCAAAACGAAUUGAACAAUGGGAAGUCGAGAGAUAUUGGGAGAUCUUCUCCUCACUCUCCAACGGCCAGCCCCGUCUCAACAACUCCCAAGCCGCCAGCGUGCUCCGCAACAGUCGAUUACGAGACGAACAGCUUGAAAAAGUAUGGGAUUUGGCGGAUGUGGAUGGAGAUGGAGAGUUGGAUUUUGAGGAGUUUUGUGUUGCGAUGAGGUUGAUUUUUGAUCUUGUUAAUGGGGAAUAUCAAGAGGUUCCGCGAGCGUUACCAGAUUGGCUCAUUCCAGAAUCAAAGGCGCAUCUAGUCCAGGCCAGUGCGGCAUUGACAGGAAGUCAGGAACAGUUUGAGCGGAUAGAAGACGAAGACGAUACACCUGGCCUAAAGGAUGGGUUUGACUGGUAUAUGAGUCCUAGCGACAAGGCGAAAUACGAAGAGAUCUAUAGUGCGAACAAAAACCACCGGGGAGAAAUCACAUUCGACUCGUUACAACCUCUUUAUGACUCCCUGGACGUCCCCGACACCGAUAUCAGAUCGGCAUGGAAUCUUGUGAAUCCCGCAGCAUCAUCGUCCAUCAACAAGGACGCCACACUCGCCUUCCUCCAUAUCCUAAAUUUCCGCCACGAGGGUUUCCGCAUCCCUCGUACCGUCCCACCUUCACUCCGCGCAUCAUUCGAAUCCAAUAAAAUCGACUACCAAGUAGACCACGUGCGACCCGCGCAAAAAUGGGGUGCAGACGGCGACACAGAGACUACCACAGGCCGGAAAGCCAAAUUCGGAGAUACGUACCUGAGUCGAUUGGGAGUGAAAUCGAGUUAUCGGCCCCAGGGCACGGAUUUUAGUAACACGAUUCAAGACGAGGAAUGGGAGAAAGUUCGUCUCAGGCGCGAAUUGGCGGAACUUGAGGCGAAGCUGGAAGCUGCUAAUCGCGCCUCGGAAGAGAGACGCAGUGGCGGUUCAUCUUCGUCGGCGCGGAAUGAUGGACGACCGAAUUGGGCGAUUAUCAAGAAGGAAGCUCUCCAAUUACUGGAGUACAAAGAGCGGGAAUUGCGUGAGAUGAGGGAGGGAACGGGCCGGACGAAAGAUGGAGAGGAUCUGGUGCGAUUGAGGGAGGAUAUUAAGACGGUGGCAGAUCAGGUUGAUGGAUUGAAGGAUCAUCUGGAUCGGCGGAAUGAGGUGUUGGCGGAUUUGAGGAGGCAGAUUGAGGAUGAGAAGGCUAGUCGGUGA